UGUCGCGUGAGGCUGAUCCAAUUAAUUUCUGUGCAUACCUGCGUCUGAUGAGCCCCAGACAGACCAUCAGAAGCGUUAGUCGCAGCAGCAUCUAGCUUAGGACGUCUCAACCGUCACCUUUGCAUAGAAGCUGCCAUUGUCCCUGUCACUGCUGCUUCUAGGAUUAGGUCAAAGCUGAACCUUAGUUCUAACUAGUGGUCCUAGAUUAGUCGCAGGCUACCGACGACUAUAAUAAUUUACUAAAGACUCCUCUGGUGCCGUUUCUUUUUCUGUUAACACGCGAAUAUUGCUGUUGACUAACAUAUGAACCCAUUAUGUGAGAGACUUGAUUUACUCUCAGAAGUGUUAAGAAAUGUGUAUUGUCAUUAUGGAUAGAUAUACCAAAGAUUAAUAUAAAGUAAAACGAAAUUAAAGAAAAAAUAGCCCCCGAUCGCAUUAGACUAGAAAAAAACAAAUUUUUAUAUUUUCAUGAUCAGUAUAAGUGAUUCAAAAUACUUUUAAACAAUUCUCGUGAGUGAUUAAAUGCUGUGAUAAAAAUUCGUUAUAAGUACAUUAUUAUGUUGUCUAAUAUAGUAAAUAUCAGAUGGUCAUAUUCUGUGAUGAAUUUAUGUGAUACAUUAAGCAUCCAUGUGUGGUUAUUUUAAUAUUUUUAAUUUACCAUAUUAAUUUAUUCCCCUUGAGACAGAGUAUGAAUUCAUUUUCAGACAAUUGUUCACGUACAUUAAACUUAAUGUUUUAAUGCCUUUUUAGAUUGUAGAAGUCGUGUCUAUAUCAGUGACGGCCAUGUAGAAAAAGAAUAAUUGAUCAUCAAAGUUGACCUUCACAAUAACUUGAGAUUAAAUACUCAGAUAUAUUAUCGUCAGAUUUAAGAAUGAUUUGAGAUUUUCUGAAAAGAAUGCAAUUCGUUCAUCGUUUGUUUUAUUGUGUAAAAAGCAAUAAGACAAAAAGCUCCAGUAAGAAGAGUGAAUUCAUUUUUAAGACAAAGUAAUAAUAAUAUAAUAAUUGUCUUGGAACUCAAGUCCUAAAACUUCCACCCUGGAGUGUCUUGGAGGUUCCGGUCCUUUCGUCAGCAAAUCUACAACAUUCCCUCGCAAACUAACGACUUCGUCAAUCGAUUCUCCUGAAAAUGUCGGUGAACGUGGGGACCCGCGGGGUGACCUGAGGUCAUCCCGAAGGAAUUCCUGGGACGGGGGAAACCGCUUGGAAAAGACCGAAAAUGACGAUUUCCGCGGGAGGCGUUCGCUAGCUCACAUAUUUAGCUCGUUCGGUAAAAGUAGUAAACAAAUACUACUACAUCCUGACAAGAAAGGAAUGACGACACCAGACAAACCCAAGGGGAAUGACAGAGCCGAGAAAACCAAGAGCCAGUUUUACGUUGACUUGACAGAGGGCAACACCUUACGCCGGCCUUGUCCCUCUAGCAACGGCGGUCUAGUGAUUUCCAACCAAUCUGAUUUCCGGUCGGGACGCCCAGAAACCUCUCCUGUCUCCCCUGGCGUCCAUCAAGCGGCACCGGCAACACGAGGCGCAUCUUCCGUCUUCUCAUCGGUGGAGUGCGAGACAGAAAAGGAGGAAAACAAACCAAGUAGCACCAAAGAACAUCAGCAGUGCCAUAUCGUUCGACCAAAGAGACCGCCUCCUCCCCCACCCCCGUCGGCAGCAUUCGCAAGGGGAAGCGUUGGACGGACAAGUAAGUCGCACACUCAGUUAGGGGUCUUAGUCAUCCCGGAUUCCCUUUGUCAGUCGCAAGUGUAUCGCCAACGAGCGUCCUCUACCCAAGAGAGACCACCACCAGAGACAAUGGGGGCAGAUUAUUCAAGGGACAGCGUCGAGGACGAGGAUGACGAAUCCUCCUCCUCCUCUAGAGGCAGUGUCAGCGAAAUGCCGGGACAUAACGUACAGUCUGGCGUCCAACAGCAAUACAAUUCGGUAGUUUCCCAAUUGUGUGAUUAUAUCUACACCACGCCCAUUCUGCCAUCCACUCAUCAUUAUUGUUAUGCAAACAAUCGUCCUCCCAUUCAACCCAAACCGAAAAAUAUCCCGCCUCCAAAGAUAAGGUCAGUCAGAACAACCGAGAAAGUCAUAGUUUCCAUUGCGAAGAACAGGAAUAAGGUGUCCGAACAGUCGCCGGUGAAAACAAACGGUAGCCAUAAUUCUCAAGUGAUGGUGAGUGAGGAUAGUGACAGGACUGGCGAUGAUUGUAGUGCUCCACCACGGGAAAUUGCUGCUUCAGGGCCCCUGAGGGACGACUUCAGUGAACGAAUGACAUGCAAGCACGAAGAAACGAGCAAUAUGCACGACCUUUCCAGUCAAGAAAGUGACGCAAAUUAUUCCACGUGCAGUGACGGAACAUCCGAGCAACCAGAAGAACCGGAACAAACGUGUAGAACAGUUAUCGCCAACCGAUUAGGGGCGGAUGCCUCUGUCUGUAAAGCAACGCGAGACGAUGUUGAUUUUGUGCCAUUAAAUCAGACUAAUAGCGAGUGUGAUGUCCAGUCCCAAACCUUAACCUGUGAGCCAUUAAUUAGUGAUCCCUUUGUUAGCAGCGCCACUACAAUUAGCAUUACUUCCACUACCGACUCUAGUAGCAUGAGUGUUGCUGAUUCGAGUGAUACUACUAACACAAUAGAAGCCCCUUCCCAAAGCCCCGGACUGACCCCGAGGGCUAGCCCUAUUUUGAGUUCCAAUGAGAAACGUGAUCAAAAAAUCUUCUUCAUUGCCAAAGAACUAAUGACCUCAGAACGUGUGUUUGUUGAUGUCUUAAGACUUUUAAAUGUAGAUUUCCGAAAUUUCGUUUAUGAAAAUAUGGCAGAACAUUUAAACAGAAUCUCUCCCGCAGCCAACAACAAUAAUUACAAAGUCAAUAAGAACGUCAUGCAGGAGGAAGACCUCAAUAAAAUCCUUAAUUACCUGCCCCAAUUGCAGAAUCUGAAUGAGGUCAUCCUGAAGGAUUUGGAGGGACGCAUCACGGACUGGGAAAGACAAAAGAAGAUCUCUGACGUCAUCGUGAAGACUGGGCCAUUCCUCAAGCUGUACUCCGCGUACAUCAAGGAGUUCCAGAGUCAGUGCGACCACCUGGAGGAGUGCUGUCAAAGAUUCCCCCACUUCACCCGGGUGGUCAAGGAGUUCGAGGCCUCCGACAGAUGUGCCAAACUCAGCAUCAAACAUUUCAUGCUGAAGCCAGUGCAACGGAUACCGCAGUAUCGUCUCCUGCUGGAGGACUACUUGAAGCACUUGCCCGACGACAGCCAGGACUACGUCGAUACCCAAACCGCUUUGGCAGUGGUGUCCAACGUGGCCUCCCAUGCCAACGAGACCAUGAAGCAAGGGACCAACUUCAUGAAGUUGCUGGCUCUGCAAGACCGACUGACGUGUAGUCAGAACAGCAACGACAUGAAUAAUGCCAACAGCAACGCCAGCGUCACGAACGCAGCAUCCACCAGCAAUACCCACUAUGAGCUAGUCAGGCCUGGACGGUCUCUGCUGAAAGAAGGAGAACUCUUGAAGCUGUGCAGGAGGGGAAUGCAACCCAGGUAUUACAUUCUGUUAUCAGAUGUCUUGUUAUACACCAGUUUCAUCACAAGUGGACCGGGGGGUGCCCUUCGAGUUAACUACGAGUUGCCCCUUGAAGGAAUGAGGGUCGAAACACCGAAAGCAGAGGACUUCAAGAAUGAGUUCAGUGUGAUCUCCACCUCUCGCUCAUUUACACUGCAGGCAAAGUCUGCUGAAGAGCGAGAUGAGUGGAUACAAGCACUGAGAGAUGCCAUCGAAGACAAUGCCUCUCGAAGGUCCACUUUCUUGAGGGCUAAAAUACCAACUUUCCAACAUCCAAAUACUUCAUCGCUUGGCAAGCAGGCCCCAGUUUGGAUUCCAGACAACAGAGUGACGAUGUGUCAGCAGUGUACAGCAGAAUUUACUCUAACUUUCCGUAGGCAUCACUGUCGUGCUUGUGGCAAGGUGGUAUGUGAUCACUGUUCAGCAAAUCGUGCCCCACUGCAGUACAAGAAAAACCAGUCACUGAGAGUCUGUGAUACUUGCUUUGAAGUACUUCAAGCUGAAUUUGAACGCAGGUUUGAAGGAACAAUUACCAAUAAAGAUCCUCAAGAAUCUGAACUCAGAAGAGCAUCCAGCCUCAAAGGUCUCUUCAAAAGAGGAGUACGAGAAAAUAGAAGCCAUACCCGAAAAAGAGUACCAGAGAGGUUGCUGGAGGUAAGCGCAAGUGAUGCUGCCUCUCAAAUGUGUGGUUAUCUUCGUGUGAUGGUACGGCGAUCCUUACGAAGAGGCUGGUUUGUUCUGAAGGACCGUGUGUUAUAUGAAUAUAGGGCUCCUCAAGAUGUUUGUGCUCUUCAAUCUCUUCCUGUCUUAGGUUAUCAAGUUGAAACCAUGGACAAGGCAAGUGAUGUAUCUGAUGGCCUUGACAACUGCUUGACCUUCAAACUGACUCACCCCAAUAGACCUCCAAUUGUCUUCCAUACUGACUCCCCACAUCUUGCAGAGAAAUGGAUCCAGGCUAUGAGAGAAGCUGUAGUACUUGAGUAAAUAACUUCAGCACUGGAAGGGGAUGAUCUGCUGUAUCAAAAAGGCAAAAACUUCUGGCAUCCAAGCACAAGACAUUUGGCUACAGUCAAGUGUUGUUGUAUAAGACAUGACACAUAACUGGCUCAGGGAUAAUGCAACAAUGAAUACGGCAAUAGAAAACUGAAAUGACAGCUAAUAAUUUACAAAUAUAUAUUCUGUAUAUCAAAUAAUUUGUUUAUACACUGCAUACGUUUUAAAUUAUUGUAUUCAAUGUAAAUAGGAUAUUUUGAAAAAUAUUGUCUUUCCAAGUCUGUGAUGCAUUCCAUUUGUGAAUACUGUUGUGAUUAUUUAUAUUUAGAACAUACAGGUCAGUAUACAAUGUAUAGUUUCUAUGUAUGACUUACUAGGACUGUUGAGUUUACAAGAUAUUAAGUUAAAUUUUCAUCAUCCUACAUUUUUAUUUAUUUUUCAGGUUAGGAAUGUUAAGUCAUAAGAGGCUUUCAUUAUUACCAUUUGGGUACUGUAUUUUUAACCAGUAAUUAAAAUUGGAAAAAAACUUAAAACUUCUA